AUGGCCGACGCAGAAGGCCACCAGCCCAGGAGAUAUUUCCACCCGAGCCAAUAUAUAGGCGUUAGUGCAGUCCACGUCUUUACGACAGGUAGAAGAACGCCCACCAAGCUCGAGAAAAUCCCUAUGGUCGCUCGUGUCGCGUUGAUUGAUUACCGGGGCAACGUUGUGCUGGACACCUUCGUUCGACCGACACCACUACGCAAAAGGCUAAAGAGCGAGUACGCCGUCGAACUGCCUGUUCUCGUUAAGGUCUUCAUGGGGCGUAACGUCGGGCUGGGAUUCGAGGAUCCGGUGGAGCUUUCGCGAGCGGCAAUGGAUUUAUUCCGAUCCUGUGAAGAGGUGUUCGAGGAAGAGGUGGCGAGCAGGGGAUGGCCAUGCGAUCUUCCUCCAGAACGUUUCGCGAGCUACUUUUCAUGA